AUGGCAAAGUUCGGACUCUCGUUCUACGACGACGAGCUCAAGGAUAACGAUUUGUUGCACUUGGCAGAGGAUGUCUCCGCCAGCAAUGAGUUACAUUUGCCAACAAUUGUUUCGAUAAGUUUCGUGGAGUCAACUAAAGUUCCCAUUGAACUGCCAAGCAUGGAAAUCGAAGGGAAUACUGAGCCCUCAUCGGAAGCCAACCCCAGCAAUAUCCAGUCGUCGAUGACAAUAGAUCAAUCCGAUAACGAGCAAAGCCGCUCUCCGUCACCAGCAUCUUCGGAAGCUUCGUCAGCUGAAAUCGUCGAUUUAGUAAUCAACGACACAGCCAACCCCCAAGCCCAAGUCAAAAAGGCACGUGGCAGGAAGAUCACGUUGCCACGUGGUGCGGUUAUCCCGGGAGAAUUCUACUGUGACAAGUGCAAAAGGAACUUCCGAAGUCAGCGAGGACUCAGGCAGCAUGCCAACACCCAUCACACGGGGAUCAAGGUUCACGGUUGUGAGAUUUGCGGCAAGCGAUUUGACCUGCUUGAAGAAAUGCAGAAGCAUCGGGAGCGACACUCGACGGAGAAUAAACCGUUUGCCUGUAGAGUCGAUGGGUGUCCUAAGCGGUUUAUGCACGAGUUCGACAUGGAACGGCAUUUGGCGCUGAAGCACGGGAAAGCUCCCCAUGGUUGUGAUAUUUGCAGCAAGGUGUUUGGGCGAAAGGAUCACCUGGAGAAGCAUAAGCUGAGUCAUCAGUUCAACACGGUUAAAAAGAUCAAGAAUUGA